CAGCGGGGAAGGGCUGCCCCACCCUUCUGCCCGGCGAUUGGUGAGUUGGCAGCUGGAGGGGCGAGGAUUAAAGGAUUUACCAUCAUCUCCACCAAUGGAAACGAGACAGAGGCGGGCCUAGUUGGAGGAAGGAGCAUGGCGUGGAGACACCUCAAAAAGCGGGCCCAGGAUGCUGUGGUGAUUCUAGGGGGCGGAGGACUUCUCUUCGCUUCCUACCUGACAGCCACGGGGGAUGAGCGUUUCUAUGCGGAACACUUGAUGCCGGCUCUGCAGGGGCUGCUGGACCCCGAGACAGCCCACAGGCUGGCCAUUCACGUCACCUCCCUGGGGCUCCUUCCUCGUGCCACGUUUCAGGACUCUGACAUGCUGGAAGUGAGAGUCCUGGGCCAUAAGUUCCGAAAUCCCGUAGGAAUUGCUGCAGGAUUUGACAAGCAUGGGGAAGCCGUGGAUGGACUUUACAAGAUGGGCUUUGGUUUUGUUGAGAUAGGCAGUGUUACCCCAAAACCUCAGGAAGGAAACCCCAGACCCCGCGUCUUCCGCCUCCCCGAGGACCAAGCUGUCAUUAACAGGUACGGAUUCAACAGUCACGGGCUCGCGGUGGUGGAACACAGGCUACGGGCCAGACAGCAGACGCAGGCCAGGCUCACAGGAGAUGGGCUGCCACUGGGAAUAAACCUGGGGAAGAAUAAGACCUCGGUGGAUGCUGCCUCGGACUACGCAGAGGGGGUUCGCGUCCUGGGCCCCUUGGCCGACUACCUGGUCGUGAACGUGUCCAGUCCCAACACGGCUGGGCUGCGGAGCCUUCAGGGAAAGGCUGAGCUGCGCCGCCUGCUGACCAAGGUGCUACAGGAGAGGGAUGCCCUGAAGGUAGCCCACAAGCCGGCUGUGCUGGUGAAGAUUGCUCCUGACCUCACAGCCCAGGACAAGGAGGAUAUCGCCAGUGUGGUGAGAGAGUUGGGCAUCGAUGGACUGAUUGUCACGAACACCACCGUGAGUCGCCCUGCCAGCCUCCAGGGUGCCCUGCGCUCUGAAACGGGAGGGCUGAGCGGGAAGCCCCUCCGGGAUUUAUCGACACAAACCAUCCGGGAGAUGUACGCACUUACCCAAGGCACGGUGCCCAUCAUCGGGGUUGGCGGCGUCGGCAGCGGGCAGGACGCGCUGGAGAAGAUCCGGGCGGGGGCCUCCCUGGUGCAGCUGUACACGGCCCUCACCUACCGCGGGCCGCCCGUGGUGGGCGGGGUCAAGCGGGAGCUCGAGGCUCUUUUGAAGGAGCAAGGUUUUACCAGAGUCACAGAUGCCAUUGGAGCAGAUCAUCGGAGGUGAGGAUGGGACGUGGGAAGCCUGAUCUGGAAACUUCCUGCUAAACCAGGCAAGCCUUUAUGGCUGAUUGAGAGAGAAGAGCCAUAUUCCCCAAACCACAAGGGUCACCAGCAGCAAGACCAGGCUUUCUUCAAUCACUGGUCAGACCAGGAACUGCAUCUGCGAUUCUUUCUAGAUUUGAAUCCUAGGAUCCUUCGAUAUUACAAGGCCAUUAGACAUUUUGAGGGGGUGGAUCAUGGAAAAAAUAAAGCUAUUUAAAAACUGGA